AUUGAAUUUGGUUAAUUGAAAUUCUUUUUUAAGUUUCCGUUUUUGUUCCAAUUUUGAAUGGUAUAAAUUUCAAUCUCUUGAUCUACUUCAUCUUUCUCUCUCUCUCUCUCUCUCUCUGUAUAUAUAUAAAAACGGGUCUGUGAUCAUAGGUUACUUGGAAUAGAAGCUAGUUUAGAAUUGAUCUUUGAAGCGCUUAGAUCAGGAAUUGAAUUUUAGAGGACCUUGCAAUGGCAUCGAAAUCUCCUAAGGAUGAUAACCAAGAUGGAAAGCAACCUCCCUUGCCAUCUCCGUUGCGUUUUUCCAAGUUCUUCCAGCCCAACAUGAGAAUUUUGAUCACGGGAGGAGCUGGAUUCAUUGGCUCACACCUCGUCGAUAGACUCAUGGAAAACGAAAAGAAUGAGGUCAUUGUUGCUGAUAACUACUUCACUGGAUCCAAGGAUAACAUCAAACAUUGGAUCGGUCAUCCAAGAUUUGAGCUUAUCCGUCAUGAUGUCACUGAAACUUUGCUGGUUGAGGUUGAUCGGAUUUACCAUCUUGCUUGCCCUGCUUCUCCUAUUUACUACAAAUAUAAUCCUGUGAAGACAAUAAAGACAAAUGUGAUUGGCACACUGAACAUGCUUGGGCUUGCAAAGCGAGUAGGAGCAAGGAUUUUGCUUACAUCAACUUCAGAGGUGUAUGGAGAUCCUCUUGUGCAUCCCCAACCUGAGACCUACUGGGGCAAUGUCAACCCUAAUGGUGUACGAAGUUGCUAUGAUGAGGGGAAGCGUGUGGCUGAGACUCUGAUGUUUGAUUAUCAUAGGCAACAUGGCAUAGAAAUACGCGUUGCAAGAAUCUUCAACACAUAUGGACCACGCAUGAAUAUUGAUGAUGGCCGUGUUGUUAGCAACUUCAUUGCUCAAGCAAUUCGUGGUGAGUCCUUGACAGUCCAAUCCCCGGGAUCACAAACCAGAAGCUUCUGCUAUGUCUCUGAUUUGGUUGAUGGCCUGAUCCGUCUCAUGGAAGGAUCAGACACUGGCCCAAUCAACCUUGGAAACCCAGGUGAAUUUACAGUGCUUGAACUUGCACAGACAGUGAAGGAGCUUAUUAAUCCAGCUGUGGAGAUAAAGACAGUGGAUAACACUCCUGAUGAUCCAAAACAGAGAAAACCAGACAUUACAAAAGCAAAGGAAGUGCUUGGUUGGGAACCAAAGUUCGCAUUGAAAGAUGGUCUUCCUCUUAUGGAAGAUGAUUUCCGAAAGAGGCUUGGUGUUGCCAAAGCCAAGUGAUUUUAUUCUCUCAUUUUUUGAUAAUAUGUCAUGUUAAAUUAUAGAUAAUAAGCGAGGCCAAGCUAAUAGUUUUCUUUUUCUUUAUUCUUCACUUUUUAUAAUUAUAGUUACGAUGUUGAAGAAAUUGUAGUGCCUCAAAUUUUGCUUCCUCUAUUAUCAC